AGCUAAUACCAUUCAGUCUCUCGUAUCCUCUUCAUAUAUUUUGCUUACUUGAAUCAUCAAUCAUGUCACAACAAUCAUUCAACGCCGGCCAAACCAGGGGCCAAGCUCAGGAGAAAGCUGAGCAGUGGACUGAAUCUGCCAAGCAGACUGCACAAUCAGCACGUGACAAAACUGCCGAUGUGGCACAAUCAGCACGUGACAAGGCAGCCGAUAUUACACAUUCAGCACAAAACAAGUCUGCGGAUAAAUCUCAUUCCACCAGAGAAUCCGCCCAACAUGGCCAGGAACAAGCCGCUGGUUUUCUCGGCCAGACCGGUGAAUCAGUGAAGAACAUGGCUCAGGGUGCUUUGGACGGUGUCAAGAACAGUCUUGGCAUGAACGAGAAGAAAUGAGGAAAUGAAUACUCAGACUUCUGAACUAUUUAUAUAUUUAUAUUUAUGAAUAAUAGAAAUAUUUAUUUUCCUAAACUAUGUUUGUAAUAAGUUUUUUGUUCUGAAAGAUUUUAUGAUUUAAAGAUCUGAGAUCUGAGAUGUAAUAAGGUGGUGUAAUAUUACACCCUGCAU